AUGGGGCCGGAGUGGGACGCGCUGCGGGCGCUGGGGGCGGCGGCCGCCCUGUGCCUGCUGCUGCGGGCGGCCUGGGGCGCGGGCGGCGCGGUCUACGUGCACCUGCUGCCCCCGGUGCGCCGCGGGGCGCCCUGGCUGCGGGCGCACGGAGCCUGGGCAGUGGUGACCGGAGCCACCGGGGGCAUCGGCCGCGCCUACGCGCACGAGCUCGCCCGGAGGGGCCUGAACAUCGUCCUCAUCAGUCGCAACCUGAGCAAGCUGGAGCAAGAGGCGAAGGAGAUAGGUGACAGCCGCUGGGGUGGAGGUGGGGAGGUGGGGAGGCAGGGGGAGGUGGAGGUGGGAGAAGUGGGGGAGGUGGGGGAGGUGGGGGAGGUAAUGGAGGUGGGGGAGGUGGGGGAGGUGGUGGAGGUGGGGGAGGUGGGGGAAGUGGGGGAGGUGAUGGAGGUGGGGGAGGUGGGGGAGGUGAUGGAGGUGGGGGAGGUGGGGGAGGUGAUAGAGGUGGGGGAGGUGAUGGAGGUGGGGGAGGUGAUAGAGGUGGGGGAGGUGAUGGAGGUGGGGGAGGUGAUGGAGAUGAUGGAGGUGGGGGAGGUGAUGGAGGUGGGGGAGGUGGGGGAGGUGAUGGAGGUGGUGGAGGUGGGGAGGUGA